UGCUUCCCCGCCGUGCCUCACGUUCGCUCCGCAGGGGACGAGGUGCUGGCCGGGCGCAGCACGCUGCGCCUGCCCGCCGCCGCCCUGCAGCACCUCACGCGCCUCUUCGAGCAGCACCUGGGCUCGCGCAACCAGGGCCGCGGCUUCGUGGCGCUGCCCUCGCACCCCGCCGACUCGGCCGCGCUGCUGCAGGCGCAGUUCCUCUUCGACGUGCUGCAGAAGACCCGCUCGCUCAAGCUUGUUCAUGAUCCAAACUGUGUUUUGCAAUCUGCUGUGAAGAUCUUCCCUUUCAAGUCCCUUCGGCAUUUGGAAUUGAAGUCUGUCCCUCCUCACUGCCUUCGGGGACUGCGAUUAGUCUAUUCACAGCUGGAAUCUCUAACCUGCUGCAAGUGCAUCAGUACCUUGGAGGAAAUCAUUUCAGCAUGUGGUGGAGAUCUGAGCUGUGCUCUCCCCUGGUUGGAACUGCAGGCUGUCAACUUCAGCCAUAACUCGAUCACUGCCUUGGAUGACUCACUGCAAUUACUGAACGUGUUGAGAGUCUUAAACUUGAGUCACAACAAGGUCCAGGACUGUGAGCACUACCUAACAACCCUUACAGAACUAGAAUACCUCAAUCUGGCCUACAACUUCCUGUCAAAGGUGCCAAACCUUGGCAUCUUCAGCAGAUCCAAGCUGGUGACUCUCAUCCUGCGCAGCAAUGAACUUGACAGCAUUAAUGGGGUGGAACAGCUAGUAAAUCUGCAGCACCUGGAUGUGGCCUAUAACCUGCUACUGGAACAUGCCCACUUGGCACCACUGUCCACUUUGCACUGUUUAAAAAAGCUGUACUUGGAGGGAAACCCAUUAUGGUUCCAUCAAAACCACCGAUCUGCAACACUCGUGCAUGUGUCUCCCAGGGCAGCCUCCUCCAGUUUCCUGUUGGAUGGAGAGCCACUGUCUUCGUCGGACCUAAUGCACCUUCCAAAGCUUGUGCACAGCGUGUCACAGUCGAUCCACACUUCUACCUCAGAGAAGACUGCACUGGAGCGCAGUGCUCUGGAGAGCUCCUGUGCCGCAGACCUCAGCGACAGCCAGUCUCCAGCAGAGAACGUGACUGUCAGGCUCCCUCGGAAGAAAUGCAAGGGAAAAGUUAAAGUGCGCAGAGCGAGCAUUUCAGAGCCCAGUGACACAGAUCAUGAGUCCCAGGCUUUAUCCCUGUCUGCUGGCCUCGUCUUGCAGCAUCAGAAGGAGAUAAAGCGUAUGGACAGCUUCAGAGACCGCUUUGGUGUUGACUGGCUGCAGUACAAGAAGCACAUGGAGCAGCGUGACCAGAUUCCUGUCAUCUCCCAUAGCCAUUCUGCGGAUGAGAUCACAGACAGACCUGCUGCAGUGGACUUGCUGAAUGAGAGCUUUGACCCAGGGCAAGAAAAACCUCAAGUGUUGCAGAAGGAAUCCUCUCCACCUUUGGAUGAUGCUGGAAAGGAUGAUGCUGGGAAGGAAGAAGAGCCCGACCUACAGGUGGAUGUGCCUGUGAGAGCAGAACAAAGAGAAGAGGAGGCAGAUGAGCUAAUGUUUGGGGAGGAGGAGGAAGAGAAGCCAGAAGUGGACCUUUGCCAGCCAGUGCUGGUGAGCCAAAUAGAAAGUGAAGGCCACCCAGAGCCAGACUGGAUCUUCCUUCGGGUCACAGCUAGGCAUGUGAUUGAAGUGGAGCUGAAGGCUGCCAGGGUCCUCCACAAGCUGGAACUGAAGUGCCUGCGGAAAGUGGAGACCUCUGAGAUGACCUGGAAGAGGGCGGACCUGGAACGAGUAUUCCCUGUUCUCACCUUACGCUUCAGCUACAUUCGCAAGGACCGGCAGCAGCGCAAAUACGUGGUGCUUGAUGACUGCCCCGAGCAGUGUCUGCAGAGUGUGCUUGAAGUGUUGAUGCCAGCUCUGGAGGAGAAUCAAAGAAACCAGGACCAAGAGAAGGCACUUGCAAAGCUCCAGUGCCUGAAAUGCAAGCAGGAAUUCUUCCAGUCCCUGGCUCCCUGGCAGCAAGGUUUAUGUUCUACAGACGCUGGAGAUGCUGGCAGACUGGAGACCCUAGCUGCCUCAGAUCGAGAUGCUGCAGUGCCUGGUGAGCCCAUAGUCUGUCCCAGCUGUUGCAGCGACCAUGUGGUCAUCCUGCCUUCGGAAAUGUGUUCUAGUGCAUCCCUGCCACCCGGUGGCGAUGGCACGAGUGAUGACCUCUCAGAAUCUGUUCUGGAUGGAGACAGCCAGCAAGAAGGCCCAGAGGAAGCGCCUGCCUUGACCAGUGAGUGUGGGAAGUUCUACAUUGGUGGGGAGGACAGCUCUGAGGUGGACACCAGCAACAGCACCAGGACCCCGGAGCUCUGCGGCGAGUCCGAUGGCACUCCCCAUUCUAGUUUGGAUGGGGCCUGUGGGAAGAAGGAGCCGAGCAUGAAAAACCUGUUCUUCGGUCCCACUGACACCAGUGACGGCGGCUUGACGGGGAGCUACCGCUACAGUGUCUCUCAUGGGCCCACUCCUUCCCAGCUGUCGCUGAAUUCCGAGUCCGAGGACACCUGGAAUCUCAGUCCUCCUGCAAAUGGCAUUCUGAACACGAGAGACUUCCGCUCUGUGGAUCAUCGCCUGAAGCUGUACCUGGAUAUGGAGGUGUUUGAGGAAGACACUGAGGAGUUCCAGUGCUUCCUCAAGGUAGCCAUGGUGAAGUUUGGUCGACAUGGGGAGUUCCUCUCGAUCCUGGUUGCUUCUGACCUCAGGAUUUAUGUGCUGGAAGUUACCAGUGUUAUCAGGGGACAACCUGCAGACUGGCUGAAGAAGAACGACUCUCACUACCUGUCUGACAUUUCCCAUCUGGAAGUGGGACUGUGUCACCAGAGCUUGCGCAUUGAGUUUGAGAACCCCAGAGCCUCCUACAAUCUGCUGUUCCGGAACCGGAGCUGUUGUGACCAGUUCCUGCAGACACUGACAUGUCUCAUACAAGAGCUGCCUGCCAAGAACAGGAGUAAAGUGAAGGAAAUCCCCACUGUGCAGAUGAAUCCUCAGCAUUCUUUAUGGUCUUUGCUGGACUCCAAGACCAAGGACUCCAUGGCUGCAGAUGACACUUGUUUCUUCUACCUGCUGGCCUAUCUGAUCCAAGGGGCAUCUGCUUUCCCUGUGACCCUGCUGAGCACCCGCAGCACACUCUUUCUGCUGGAGGAGAAUCACCAGUGGCAGGUGCAGUCCCCUGUGGGUGCGGAUGGUGAGGCAGAACCAUCUCCUAAGAGCAACGUCCAGUUGAAGGAGAAGCAACCGAUCAGCAGUAUUAGCAAUGUCAUAACCUAUCGGCUCUGUCCCUGUGACAUCAAGCUGAUGCUUUAUGAUGAGGUACUGAAGGUGGAGAGCACUUGGCACAUCCGCACAGAGUGCCCUGAGCUCCUCACAGAGCUGGUAGAGUGGAUCCGUGAGCCCUGGGAGGAGAUGUUCUCUAUUGAGCUACGGAAGGCUGUGCAUGAGGAGCUGGAGUGAACUUGCUAGCUACAGGCAGUCAAGAUUUGGAGUCAGGAUGUUGCUGUGCUGGCAGUGAUGCACAGGUCUCUCCCACUGCCAUGCAACUUUGCUGCCCUGUGGCCUCUGCUGUACAUACUGAGCUCUUGCCCCUAGGCCUGUCUGGUGAGAAUGAAGGGAGCACGUGAUGGGCCAAGCUUUGCACAGUCACCCACACUGGGCUGGCCAUGGAAGGAGGCUGUGGAGGCUGUCCCCUAUAAUCCUGCCUAAGCUGCACAGAAUUGCAGCUUGGUGGUGUCUGCUAGUCUCAUCCAGGGUAGUAGGGGAGUCGCUCUGAAGGAAACAAGUCACUGAAGGAAGAAGGGAGCAGAACCAGAGCAUGUUCAGUGGGACAUGCAAUGGGACUAGGCAAACAGCAGGCCAGAGGUACUUGGGUCUAUGUAUUUGCUGCCUCCCAAGCUGUCUCAGAGCAGCUCCAAUUUUUACCCUCCAUCUUAUCCACAGCUUCCCUAAAGCUGCCUGCUUCAAGCAGGGGCCUGAUUGCACAGAGGAGUAAGGCACGUUGUACUGAGCCCUAUGGAGAGCCCUUGGCACUCGUCUGCCUUGCAGGGCACGGCUCAGCCUGCUGCUGUAGUCUUUCACUGUCA